AUAUCAAAAUCUUUCUUUCUUUCUAAUAAUGGCAGUUUUCACACAUUGAAUGGAGCCAACAUUUUGAUAACAUUUUCAUUUUUUUUCUGCAAAACAUGGCUCCUGCUUUAACUGCCAAUUCAUUUCUUCUGACUGCCACAACUCAUUCAAGUCUCUCUUCUCGAAAAAACCCGAAAAGAUUGAUUACUUGUGCCAAGAAAGCUGAUGCAGGUGGUGCAGACAGUGAAGUGGAAAAUGGGAAUCGAUUUAAGUUCAAUUUCGACUUUGGAAAGGUUUCUGAUAUGAAAUCUUUAAUACCCGUUAUGAGUAACCCGUCUGCAUCGGGUGGGACGUUGUUUGGGAAACGUAAGGACCCGAAUACGGUUUUUGUUGCUGGAGCUACUGGGCAGGCUGGAAUUCGGAUUGCGCAGACUUUGUUAAGGGAAGGUUUUAGUGUUAGAGCUGGUGUCACUGAGCUUGGUGCUGCUCAGGAGUUGGCCCGUUUGGCGGUUAAUUAUAAGGUUAUUUCAACCGAAGAAUCCAAACGCCUUAAUGCUGUUGAAUCCACCUUCCAAGACCCUGAAGCCAUAGCAAAGGCAAUCGGGAAUGCCACCAAAGCUGUAGUCACUAUUGGUCCAGGUGAAAAUGGUCCAACCACAGAAGUUAGCACAACAGAAGCUCUGCAGUUCAUUCAAGGUGCUCAAUUGGCGGGUGUCAACCAUGUCACCAUAAUCUAUGACACUGCCAUAGAAUCUUUCACCUCAACCAACAACGUACUAGAUGGGCUCUCAUUGUUCUUUAACAACUUGUUCUCAAACACACAACCUUUGACAUUGAAAGAGUUUCUUGAUGGUCUAAUUGAAACGGAUGUAAAGUAUACCCUGAUCAAGACAAAACUAACAGCCGACUAUGGUUCUGAGAGUUCAUACAACUUUGUUGUGACUGCAGAAGGCAUCACCGGGGAAAACGACUACAAAGUGACAAAGUCUCAGAUUGCAUCUUUGGUGGCAGAUGUUUUCUCUAACACGGAAGUGGCGGAAAAUAAGGUUGUGGAAGUUGCUACAAGUCCUGAUGCAGCCGCAAAGCCAGUGAGCGAACUUUUCAGUGUAAUUCCUGAGGACGGUAGACGACAAGCUUAUGCAGAAACCAUUGCAAAGGCCAAGGCCGAGGAAGCCGUGAAAGCUGCAGAAAAAGCAGCUAAAGCUGCUGCAAAAGCAGAGAAUGAGGUGAAAAGGUUGGAACCAGCCUCAUCAUCAAGUGUAGAUGAAGACGUCCAGGAUCGAGGCACAACAGCACGAAAGUCAUUAAGUGACCUAAUGGACCGAUUAAAAACUGCCAGGCUUGCCAGCAAACCCACAGAAAAAUCCGAGCCUAUAGCUGAAGAUGACCCAGACCAAGAUAGCGCACCAGGGUUAGCGCUCUCAUGGGAAAAACUAAGCUCGGGGUUCGCAUCAGCAGUUAAGAAUAACCCCAUCGAGCUGCCUAAAGUACAAAUUGCAACAGUCAGAGGUCAAGCCAAGGCUAGGACUUUGCCAUCAAAGCAAGCUGUGGUCAAGAAACCAGCAGCUAAAAAGGUGGCACCAGUGCAGCCCAAACCAAAAGAGUCUAAAGCAGAAGUGAGGAAGAUUUUCGGGGGAGUGUUUCAGCAGGAAACCAUUUAUGUUGAUGAUUAAUAGAUUUCUUUAUUUACAUCUUCCAUUUAUACUGUGAAUUGUAGUUGAAUCCUUGAUGGACGAAUGCUGGUUUAACCAGCUCGAGCAUCAACUUAUUCACAUGUAUCUCGUUUUUUGGUCA